AUGAUUGACCAGGAAAAGGGGGUUUUCCAAAACAAAAAAUAUAGUGUGGACGAUGAAUUUGAUGGCCCCGCUGUGGGGGAUAACGGUGCCGUCAACCAGGAUCGUGAUGUUUGGGGGGAACAAGGUGAAAAACAAGAUAUCGACACCAAAGUGAUAAUGACUGAUGGGGGGUCGGCCGAACUGGUGUAUGAAGAAGAAAAGUUUAGCAAUGUAGACGAUGAAGAUGACUAUGAUGAUGAAGAGAAAAAUAAAAAAAAUCCGCAAGCUUUUGCUCACAAUAUUACUACAAGCAGCAGCAGCAGCAAUACCUGCUCACAAUCACUCGAAAUUCUCCCAGGUGACUCUCGACGGACUCGCUUUGCAAAACGCUUUGCAAAGUUUAACCGCAAACUCGACUCGUUCGGUGUCGAAUCCCGUGGUAUUGGCCGUGUAAUGCCCGAAGAGCGUGAGAAUGGUGCUUCUGCUCCACGUAACAUUCUCAAGCUUAUUUUCUUGUGGAUGGGUGCAGCAUGUGGUCUUUCCUCAAUGUCUGGUUUUUUCCUUGGACCUUUGGUCUUUGAACUUGGAUUUAAGGACACCAUGACUGCGGGCAUUUUUGGCGCGCUUGUGGGCUGCUUUGUGGCUGCUUAUGCUUCGACUUUUGGUCCACGAUCUGGACUCCGUCAAAUGGUUAUUUCCCGCUUUAUGUUUGGCUGGUGGCCUGCAAAGGGCAUUGCCUUUUUGAAUGUCAUCACUCUUCUGGGCUGGUCUGUAGUCAAUUCUGUGACUGGCGGCCAGAUUCUUGCUGCUAUUUCAAACUCAAAGAUCCCGCUCGAGGUUGGUAUUGUUAUCAUUACGGUGGUUUCUCUACUCGUUACAGUGUUUGGCAUCCGCUAUGUACAAAUGUUUGAGGCUUAUGCCUCUGUCCCUGUGGCGUGCUCCUUCCUACUUCUCUACAUUUGCGCAGGUCCUCACUUUGAUGUCUCAUUGCCAACCGCAGCCACAUUGACUCCGGCCACAGCUCGUGGCAACUGGCUCAGUUUCUUUAGUGUUUCUUUUGGUGUAACUGCUGCUUGGGCUGGUGUCACUUCCGACUACUUUAUUGAUUUCCCAGAAUCAACACCUAGAUGGUCAACUUUUGCGCUCACCUUCUUUUGCAUUCUCACGCCCACCAUGUUUGUUGGAAUCUUGGGUAUGUGCAUUGCCUCUGGAGCUAUGACUAUCCCUGAGUGGAGUGACGGCUAUGCACAGUAUGGUAAUGGUGGCCUUUUGAACGCUGCCUUUUCUCGCUGGCAUGGUGGUGGCAAGUUUUUGCUGGUUGUUAUGUUUAUUUCCCUGGUGUCAAAUAACAUCAUCAACACUUACUCUACUGCCCUCUCGACUCAAGUCUGGGGUGACUGGAUCUACAGAAAAAUCCCCACUUGGAGUUUGGUUGUGGUUUCUGUUAUUGUCUACUUUGUUUGUGCCAUUGCUGGCAGAAACACCUUGGCUCCAAUUCUCAACAACUUUUUGCCCAUGAUUGGAUACUGGGCCAUUCUUUAUGUUGUCAUCAUGCUCGAGGAAAGUAUUUUAUUUCACCGAAAAUCUCAACUGUCGUCUUCUAGUCAAGAGGCUUCUUCUAUUGACAAUGGAUCUUUAGAAAAAGCUGAAUCAUCUAGUAAAAAGGACACUUAUAACUGGGCUAACUGGAACGACCGCACCAAGCUACCUGUGGGUGCCGCUGCCUUGCUUUCUUUCCUUAUUGGCAUUGCCGGCGCCGUUUUGGGCAUGUGCCAGGUCUACUAUGUGGGUCCCGUUGCUCGUCUUGUUGGCGACUGGGGUGCCGAUUUGGGUAUGUGGUUGGGCGCUGGGUUUGCUGGUGUCACGUUCCCCGUACUACGGUACCUAGAGCUGGAAUUUGCGCCCUGGUCAGAUAAGCGCGUUUCUAAGUGA